GCAGCAUUGAUCUUGGUUUAUUUUGAUUUUCAUUCGACAAUAUUUGACAUAUAAAAGGUAAACAUUAAGAUUACACAUGUUGAACCGAUGAUCGUUUUUCUAUUUGUGUUAUAAACAUUUGCUCGGAUCUGAAUAGUAAAGUUUUGCUUAGAGUUAAACCAACAUAUCUUUGAAAAGUAAAAAUUAAAAUGACGAAAGAUUACAGUUCUCGUAAAUUGGAGCGUAAGCAGCGGCGGUGUGAGGCAAUAAUCCGCACGGACUUUGAUAUUGAAAGUAGUGAAACGCCUACAUGCAUUCUUGCUAUCUUGAAUGCCGGUCUUUCUACAGGCCUUACAGAAGAAUCCGUGUUAUCUAAUGCAAUCCAAUAUGCACCUGUGCAACAAGUAAUCAUGUUGCCAAACAAAUCAUAUUGCUUUUUGGAAUGCAAUAAUGUGCUUGAUGCGGAGCGUAUUUAUAACAGCAUGCACGGACGUGAAGGGUUAGAGCAACGUGGAGGUGUGGUUUAUUUGUCAUUUUUUAAAAGUUUACCUAUGUGCAGGGAAGAAAAUGUUUGGGCUAAACCGCUUCCUGAAGGUCUCAUACUAUUGCCGAAUUUUUUGACAGAGCCUGAAGAAAAUAUGUUAUUAAGAGCAAUUAAUAUAGAAGAUGUCGAACAAAAUGAUUUAAAACAUAGACGUGUAAAACAUUUUGGUUAUCAAUUCAUAUAUGGAGAAAAUAACGUUGAUGCCACAAAACCGUUAAACGAAAAAAUACCAAAGGAGUGUGAUAUACUCUGGCCGCGACUAAAAACUGAAAUGGCUAAGCUGGGUCUACCAACAUGGGAUUGGGAUGUUCCGGAUCAAUUAACGGUUAACAUCUAUGAACCUGGACAGGGUAUACCUCCACAUGUAGAUACGCAUAGUGCCUUUCUCGAUCCCAUUCUUUCCUUAUCACUAUUUGGUGAAGUAGUUAUGGAUUUCCGCCGUGGCUCUGAUCGACAGCCACUCAAAUUGUUACGUCGUUCAAUGUUGGUGAUGUCGGGAGCAUCGCGUUAUGACUGGACACAUGGUAUUACUCCGCGUACACUUGAUGUUGUGCCCUCCGAGACUGGUUUGACUGUGAUGCCGCGCCAAAAACGUAUUUCAUUAACUUUCCGUCGUUUGCGACGAGGUCCGUGCGACUGCAAAUUUCCCACACUUUGUGAUUCGCGUUUAAAUACACAAAUUAAAUUAAGUCCUAUCAUAACCGAUGUGAUAGCUGCACAAUUAGAGGAAAAGAACGUGCACAGCGUUUAUGAUUGUAUUGCGCCACACUUCAGUGAAACUCGUCACACACCUUGGCCACGUGUUGCUGAAUUUCUACGUAGCUUUCAAACUGGAUCAGUGUUACUCGAUAUUGGUUGUGGCAAUGGAAAAUAUCUUCAAUGUAAUAAUAAUGCUUUAACAAUUGGAUGCGAUCGUAGUAGUGGACUUAUUAACGCGUGCUUAGAGCGUGCAAAAAUCAUUAACGAGGACGGCACAAAUUUGCCAAACGCUUUUCGUUGCGAUUGCUUACAUAUACCUAUCCGCAGCCAAGCCGUAGAUGCUUGCAUUAGCAUUGCCGUUAUUCAUCAUUUAGCAACCGCAGAGCGGCGUUUGGCUGCGAUACGGGAAAUCGCAAGGCUGCUGCGUUCAGGUGGACGUGCACUGAUCUAUGUUUGGGCGAAAGACCAACGCGCUAAUGAUAAUAAGAAAUCGGCAUACUUACUGCAAAAUAAAGCCUUAAAUAAAAAGAAGACAACCGUUGAGCAACAGCGACAAUGUGCAGCAGAGGUGUUGCAACAGCUGCAGACAGAAGAUUUUAAAUCUUCAAUACAUAGUGCACCGCAAUUGCCUGUACACACAAAUCGCACCGACUUCAUGCAGCAGGAUGUGCUGGUGCCGUGGAAAUUGAAAGGCGCAUCAGCUGCGAUUAAAGAUACUAAUAACCAUGCGCCCUCAAGUACCUACUUGCGCUAUUACCAUGUAUUCGAGUCCGGUGAGCUGGAGGCAAUGUUAGCGCAAGUGCCCGAUGUAGAACUAGUGCAAAGCUACUAUGAUCAAGGCAAUCAUUGUGUGAUUUUCGAGAGGCGCUAGCAACGAAAUAAAACACACUGAAUUUAUAUUUACUAUAUUUGAAGUUUAAUUCCCAUUUAUUUAAUGACAGUUUUUAUCUAGUUUUUCCAUGAUAGGUCUCUAAAACAUAUACAAAUGUUUUUAUGCAUCAGCAAAUAUCGUUAUAAUAAAUUAAUUAACAUCUAGACAUUCUGAAAUAAUCGUAUAUUUAAUUGACAUUUCAUUAAUGACAAAAUUUGUUUACUGCUUUUUAUAAUUGUUGCAUUAAAAUUCUUACUAAAAUUAUGUUUACUUCUCUAAAAUGGUUUCUACACUUUUUAUUAAUUUUCAAAUAAUGUUAAUUCGAUACGUAAAUACUUUGCAUUAAUUCAAAGUGAAAUAUAUAUGUACUUAUAAAAUAUUGGUUUUACGAUUUGGCUCGGAUGAACUUAUUUAACUAAUACGAAUAUGAAAUAUUACAUAAUUCUUGUAUUUUUUGUGGUAAUUUUAAAUAAGACACUAAUUUCUUAAAGAAGCUGUAAACCUUUGUUAAAACUUUUUAUUUGACCAUUAUUAAAUUCCUUCGUUUACUUGUUAAAAUUAGCAUUGAUUCAAAAAAUAAAUUCGCAAUUUAAAUAAUCUAUGCAGGCGUGUAUAAAACUGAUUAACUUAAAGACUAAAAAAAUGCACAAAAGGGUAGAAAAAUAUUUUAUUAACAAUUAAACCCAAAGUUUUAUUUUGGGUUUGCGCUACUCUCAUUAUAAAACUGGACGUUUAAAAAGUUGUA